AUGCAUCACGCCGCAAUAAUAUGCCAACUUGCACUAUGGACGACGGGAAUUCAAGCUUUUCAAUCACCAUCAUCAUCCCAGCCGAGGGCUCUGCAUGACGUUGAGGAUGCUGGUAAACGCGAUGUUGUGGCCCGUGAUGCCGUGGGGCCUAUGGGCUUCGUGACAUUCAAAAUGGCCACCAAAGGAGGAGCUUCCAGUGCCGACUUGGUUUCAAAGAGAAUUCCUCAGAUUGCACAGAACCUAGCCCGCAAGUACGGCUCGGAUCUACCUUCACGUACUACCCACGAGGGCGUUACUCUUGUCGACAGGGAGAACACUUACAGCGUAGCUACACCAGUGACACCAUCCCAGAGCAACACUGCCGGGGUUUACCAAGAUGGCACAGACUAUUCGUACUUUAUCAAGGCAGAAAUUGGUUCCGAGGCGACACCAAUGUAUAUGCUUAUUGACACGGGAGCCAGUACGACGUGGGUCAUGAGCUCGGAUUGCAAGUCUGACCCCUGCACAAGACACAAUACCUAUGGCCCAGAGGACUCCAAGACACUCACGGAUUCCGGCAAGACCUUCUCGGUCGAGUAUGGCUCAGGCGAGGUUAGCGGCCAUUAUAUCGACGAUACCAUGAAUGUGGCUGGGCUGAGUGUGCAGUACGAGUUUGGCCUUGCCAAUGUCACGUCAUCCCAGUUCUCGUCCUUUCCAUUCGAGGGUAUUCUGGGACUGGCAAGGAAUAGCGGCAAUUUCAAUGACGCCUUGAAGAAGGCCAAGGUCAUUGAUGCCAACAUAUUUGCAGUGUCGCUAUCUAGGGCCGCGGACGGCACAAACGAUGGCGAGAUUAGUUUCGGUGCUGUCGAUCCCUCCAAGUACACGGGCGAUAUCACAUACACCACGACGACAGACGACGUCAGCUGGUCGAUUAUUAUGGACGAUAUUACCAUUGGGGGAAAGUCCUCUGGCAAUAGUGGAAAGACUGCCUACAUCGACACGGGCACGACUUAUGCUUUCGGGCCUCCUGACGACGUGGCGGCAGUGUACAAGCUGAUUCCAGACUCGAAGAGUGACGAUGGUGUCACAUACACUUUCCCAUGCGAUACGACUGCUCAGCUUGCUUUCACAUUCUCCGGAACGUCGUUCGCAGUCAGUGCCAAGGAUUUCAUCGGUGCAUCUGGAAGUGACAACCAGUGCACUGGCACCCUCUUUGGCAUGGAGGUUGUUGAGGGAGCUUGGCUUUUGGGAGACAUGUUUCUCAAGAACGUUUACUCGAUCUUUGAUAUCGACGGUAAACGUGUCGGUUUCGCCUCCAGAGCAGCUGGCUCAGGCACGACCACUGCCCUAGCGUCCUCUUCCACCGUGGUAUCCACUGUCGUCACCGAGGAUGGCUCAACCACGCUCACCACCAUUACCACAUCCAGCACGGCUACAGGAGUUCCCUCCAUGGGUUUCACUGGUGGCCGCGAUGGAUCAACCUCGGCCGCUGAUGCCAGCACCACCGCUGGAGCAUCUGCAACGGCAACAUCAACUAGCACUUCUUCAGGAGAGCAGUCCCAAGUUCACAAGCUAUACGUCUCCAUUUCAUGCAUUAUCUCCGUCAUAGCAUUGGUCAUUUGA